GCAAGUGGAAGGGAGGUGUUUGGGGGCGUGGUUAUGACAGGUCGCGUGGUUUAGGUGCGGUUUGUCCAGGUUUUUAGCCUGUGAGUCUGUUUGAUUACUUGUUUGGGAAAGCGCACGCACACGAUUCAAGAUGUCUUUCGAUCUGUCGUCAGCUAUUGGUGGGAAAGAAGAGGAGGUGCAGAAAAAGGAGGCUCAAAAGGAUGAGUUUAAUUGGCCCUGGAGUAAGGAUAAGAACAAGGGAGACAGCAAGGACAAGUCUGACCAUAAAGACAAGUCUGGAAGCAAGGACAAGUCUGACCAUAAAGACAAGUCUGGAAGCAAGGACAAGUCUGACCAUAAAGACAAGUCUGGAAGCAAGGACAAGUCUGAUAAAGAGCAUAAAUCAAAGGACAAAGAAGGCAAAGGCGACAAGAAGAAGGAAAGGAAGAAGAAGGAACGGAAGGAUGGUGAAAAAUCGGGCACCUCAUCUUCGUCUUCAUCAUCAUCAUCCAGCAGUGAUGAGGAGAAGUGAUGCUUUCCUGGGGAACCGGACUGCACUGUCUCUCAUAAUCUUGAUUAUUGACAAAGUGUGUGUGUAGUUAGUACAAGCUCUUCUUCCUGUCCUGGCGUCACAGAAACAUACUGGUCUUAUGUAAACAAAUCUGCUGAUUCAUAGAAGUAAAUGUAUUGACAACAAA